GAGGAAGAAAGUUUGAAAAUUUAUUCCCAAUCGCGCCGUUCGAGCUGGGACUCGAAUUUUAUUUGGACUAUUUUGAAAAAAUGAUGAGACGAAAGACUGUUGCAAGUGAAUUUAAAAAACGACGUUGGUUAUGUCAUCGCAGCAGCAACUCGUGGUCCGCGCUUGGCAGACCACCCCGAAAAAAAAUGUUGUUCAUUUUUUUCACAGCCAUAUGUUCAACGAGGCUGCUGCUUCUUUUAUCGAAACAAACGAUGUAAGAAAACCGUCACAUCGUGACAAAUUCACGAAUAGAAAAAAAUAAAUCACUUCCGGUCUCCAUUUGACACACAAAAUUCUCAGUAACGAAACAUGAAGGGCGCACGGGCCAAACGGCGAAGGCAGGUGAAACUCGUUUGAUCCUGGACGCCAAAACUCUGAAAUAAUGUCCGAUAUUUCAUCUUCGAUCGAAGGGAAGGUUCGUGGGUACAAAAAUUCCUGGAAGUUAUAAUUCCAAAUCGAAAACUCGGAGGCGUCUUUAUUUGAAAUGAGGUCAAAAUACAACUGAGAAUUUGCAGGUCUUCGAGUCUCCCAAAUGCCAUUUUUCCUCCGCCAAAAAGUUAAAAGUAUAAAACGAAAAAACAGGCUCGAACGUCGAAAUUUCAUUGAAAAUCAAAAGAGUCAAUAAAAAGUCAAUAAAAGGGAUAGAAAAAUGGCGAGUCGCAGCAGCGCCUGUCCCCGUCAACCCGGACGAGGAUCAAUCGCCCGUCCGGCAAUGACCAGAACGCAAAUGUUACGAGCCGCACAAACAUCGGCCGUGGUCCAGAGACGACCACCUCGCGAAUCUUGCCCGGAACCACCUCCACGGCCAUCCUUCGCCCGCCAAGCGCUCUCAAAACCUUGCCCGAAAAAGAUCGACUUCGCUAAGCCAGGAAUGACCAAAGCUAUGCAAAUGCGGCAGAGAGUUGCCGCCGAAAAGAUAAAAGGUUACGAAGAACAACAGAGAACCAAGGAAGCCGCUUGCCGACGUACCCGACGCUCAGCACCAGCUUCCGCAUGUCCGCGUCCGAGAUCCGCUGCUCAACCGUCGCGAAGGACCAACCCAGAAUCCCUCAAACUUUUACAGACUUCCAUCGACCGGGGCCACGAAGCCUCGAUGCAACAACCUUGCAACUUGGCUGUCGAAGCUGCCAUCGAAAAGGGUCAUGUUGCCACCGGCAGAGGUGCGGUACCUAAAAGGCGAAGGGCUGGGCCCUCAGGGUGUCCGAGGCCCGUGGCAUCCGGAACGCCUUUCCCCGAGGACACGAGGGAGUUGGCAAAAAGUAUGAACGCGGACGUGGUGCAGGCGAUGCCCCUGAGCGACGGUCCUGUGAACAAAAUAAUCAUUGAUCCCGGAGCGGUGCGUUCAGAUCGGAGUACAAUCGUCGUGUUGCCGACAGAAGGUGGAGCCUGCGGAUCGGACGCAGCGAAUAAGUCGAUACAGGCGAUAACGGAGAGCCUGGACGAGCAGGAUGCGGCCGAGAGUGCCGCGGUGCAGAGCAAGCUGGAGGAUCUGCAAAACGCGAGGCGCGAGUUCGUAAUAACUGUGGCAAACGUGAGCGGGAACGCGGCGAAUGUGGCCGACGAGAGCGGAGACUCGAUAUUGAACAGCGACGAAAUGGAACCGAUGGAAUAUAUGCCGAUGCCACAGCUGCCGACGAGGGAGCGAACGAUCGUCAGGGUUCCGGACAUUUCUCACGUCAUGUUCCAGAUCGAAUACGGCAAAAACCAUCCGCAGGUCGAAGCUGCCAGGAGAUUUUCACGCAAAACUCAAAUUACUUUGGAUAACAUAGCGCAGCAGAAACGUAUGGAAGAUGUUUUCGAAAGAGCACAACGAGAACAAAUUCAAGACUUCGAUUUGAACGUUCCCUUGGAACAAGAUAUUCAAGAAGGCGAUAUAUCCUGGGAAGAAGAUGAAUAUGGCACUCUCAUGGCUUGCCCAUCGAGGAUCAAAGCGUCUAUGAGAGUACCACGAAGAUCGGCCGAUGCUCCUCCCGUUUGCGGUGCUAAUGUCGAAGAAAUCGAACGGUUCUUCGACCUCGCUGGAAAUCCACCUGAACCUUCGCCUCCGGGAGCCCCUCCGGGCAGGGAAAACCUCAAUCCUGAUCUCUGGGAUAUUGAGGAUCCAUGGUACUUCGAGCAAUCCUAUGACCCACCACCUUUGAUUAACUUCGAUUCCCCUUGCUGAUCCCGUGUCACAAUACGCCACUAUUUCAUCACUGUCGCUCCCCUAUUUGCUCCUAUAAUCGGUCUAAAUAUUAUAUCAGUUAUCGGAAAAUAUAAAAGUGUUUUAGGAACAUGAGUGUCGUUACGUUUGGAGAAUGACGUUAUUGACAGAUUUUUUGUACUGAGGGUGUGCAGCAAUUUUUUUAAUUUUUCGAAUUUGGGAACCUGGGGUAUUAAUGUCCAUUCGGAUCUUCGCGAAACAGGCUCUUGAUGUUUCUGAAAAGUAUUCUGUUUGUUGCUGACGCACUGUCGUCAACGUUAGCAUAUUCUGGUGGGCUAAAAAUUGCGUUCAACGCCGUUGGUGCGAGUUUAACGAGGUCAAACUAUUCGAUAGCAAAAGAAAAUCAAAAUUGAAGUGUGAACAUUGCAUUUCUGGUUUUAAGAAUGUACUUCGUCACUUCGAAGUGUUUUGAGUUGGAAGCUCGUUCUGAAGGGAAACAGGGGAAAAUUAUUUUUCUGCUCCGAAACAUUAACGUGCUUCGGAGCGGAAUAACACUUUUAUUGGCGUUUUGUUCUGCCCUGAAUGAGAAAUUUCUUUCCCAUGGGAUCUCGGAUCAUUGCGGUUCCAGAAUCUGCAUACAUCGUUGGCAGAAUCCACGCAUUUCACGUUACUUUCGGUUCGUGUGAGUGUUAUUCGGUAGAAGAUCAACUUGCAAUUGUACUUUUUUGAGGAUUUUUAGGAAACAGGACACAACGGCUUGGUGUGCAUGGCCAAGGAAACGAGUUUAGGCUAAUUGACACUUGGCUAAAUUUUUUAUUCAUACAAAGAAUGUUCGAAGAAAAGUUUCAAUUCUCACCAGCAGGGAAAAAACUUCGUUCAGGUAAAUCUGAAAAAAAAAUAUUGGAAUCCGAAUUGUAGUACUGUGGAACUGUGAAAUUUUUUCAUCAUGCGAGUAUUAAAAAUAACAUAAACGAUUUAAGGCCGUAUUUCUGUAUAGAAAAAAUCUGCUUUCAUAUGCAAAAAUUAUGUUUUUUCAUCUGAAAAAAUGAGUCACGAAAAGAACCUGGAUUUGGAUUCAACGUAGUGUUUCUUGUCGAUAAUUUCGCUGUUUCUAACGAAAGAUUUUUCUCGAGAAUAGGAAAGAUAAUAUUUUUGGACAAUGGUUCGCUAAUAUCAUGACUUUUGACUCAAAACUACUUUCGUCUGACGUGAAUUAUGAAAAGCCAAAAGAUUGUCUAAUCGUUGCAUAACAUGGUCGAAUACUCAAUAAAUUAAUAAAAUUCACGAGCAGACACACAAUAAGUAACAAAACGAUUUUAUGAUAAGCUUAAAACGAAAAAAAUACUAAUCGCAAAUGCCUUGUUUUUCUCCGAGGAAUCGAAAAAAUUGCCGGAACGUCAGUAACGUCAGUACUAGGAAAUUCGAAAAUAAAAAUUUAAACAAAAAAUUGGGUUGAUUCUUAUUCCUGAGUUGUAGAGUGACCGGAAAGAUUCCAUCGGUUAUUUUAGCGCACCCUUAAAUUUGAUGCAAAAAAUAGCUCGAAAAAAUUUCAAUGGUGAUACGAAGUGGUUAGGAGCAAAGUUUGAUGGGUACGUCCGGCCACCCAAGGGAUACAUGAAUUUCAUUUUUGUUACGAUUGGUCAAACUUUAUCUACGUGAAAUGAAAUAGUGUCGAAAUGAUCGAGAUCGAAGUAAAAGUCAAUGAAAUGUUUUUCUUCGUGGCAAGGCUCAUGCUCGAUGUAAAUCGAAAUUGACAAUAAAAUAUCACGAUUUGUGAGAAAGCAGGUUGUUUUUUAGUCUGGAAAUUGAUAAAGAAAAACUUGGCGGAUGAAUGAUCAGCAAUUCCAGAUUAUCUGUCAUUAAGUGCUGAAGUUAAAGUCCGAGUAUCGAGCAAGUGUUGGUUCUCAUACUUUACUUAACAAAACCGUAAAUCUCAAUUCUUGAAGAUUGAAAAACAAUUUUGAACAAUUUCCAGAGUCACAAA